AUGGGCAACGUCACUUCUGCAUUACAACACGAAGAAGCGUGUCGACUUCGCGAAAAUAAACAUCCCAACUUAAACGCUGUCCACGAAUAUGACAAGAACACUGCCUAUAGAACCGCAAGCUGGACCAACGACCGCAAAAAGCUUGCACGACGGAGGACGAGAUGGGGGCUCAAAGGUAGCUACAACACAGAUGCAUACAAUUUCUUGACAUCCCGAGCACUGGUCAGCGAUGACCCGAACGAGAUAUGGGAGGGCGUUCAACUCCUCGGCAAGGGCGCUUUCGGCACAGUCGGCUUAUGGAAGAGAUUUGAUAGCAGAGGACAUGUCAUAGACUCGGUCGCGAUCAAGGAAAGCAAAGAAUCGGAUCCGAGAGUGAAAGUCGAUUUGCUCCGGCGGACGCAUGGCAGGGAGAAGAUCCCACGAAAGGCUUUCUGGCAGGAUUUCUUCAGUCGACGGACUCCUUACGUACCUGUCUUGAGGAAGAUUGUUCAUUUCCUAGGCUCGACGAACUCAUGGCGCUUCUAUACUGAAUACUGUCCGAACGGGGAUAUCUUCGGUCUCAUCGAAGUCUAUCAGAAGUACAAUGCAGAUCGCGCACAAAAGCACCCACACGAGCCGGUCGAGCGGAUUCCCCUGCUAUACGUUUGGGCUGUCCUGUACAGUCUUGCGCAUGCCCUGCACAGGCUCAAGCUCUCGGAAAGAGAUGAGGACGAGAUCGACGACGUCUUGAACCAUGACCUUCUGGAUGGUCCUUCCGAUCCAAUGUUCGUCCUCCACCUCGACAUCAAGGACGCAAAUAUCCUGCUCGGAAACCCCUACAAGCACCAUCUCAUGCGAGGCUACCCAAUAGCGAAGCUCGCUGACUUCGGCCUCGCCUCGCUGACCAGCAUGAACCACGAACGGAACUCACGCAAAUGGAGAGAAUGGGGCACCAAGAUCUGCGAUCCACCAGAACAGUACGACAAGGGCCACUUCGACCACUUCUGGCAGAAUCCCACAAUCCAUCCUGGCCGCAACACUUCAUACCCCUUCACCCCAAAGCACGGCGUCUGGCAGAUCGCAGCCGUGGUCUUCUCCAUGAUCGAUCUCGGCCCGAACAAUCUGUGGCUGGACCAACAACUGCAGUAUCUUGCACGAAAUCCGCGGGAGGCGGAGCGAAAAUGCAAUAGCAGCAGGCCUCGUGGCCAAUGGCUAGAAGGGCGCUUCACGCACGAGAGUUUCGCGGACUACGGUACGGAUAUUAUGCACCUGUUGGCGAGUUGCCUUAACAUGAUACCUGAGAACCGGCCGAGUGCUAGAGAAGUUAUGAAUGCGUGCUUGAGGGGCAUGCAGAACGAAGUCGACCGCUUGGAACGUGAGCGGAUCGCGUACCCUGUCGUGUUCUUUGGGGACUAUGGUCUGGAGGAGUUGAAGGAUCAUAUGCGGUCGAGGCGGGCGAGGAAGGAGCGGAGGAGGAGGGAGGAUAGGGAUGGGAAAAGGCGGAGGCAUAGCCACUGGUGA